CCCCACGUGACCCCGCCUCUCCGAUAGGCUUAGCGCGUAUGUCAUAGGGCCAACGAGGGGAAAACCACCGACAAGCCUCAUCCGCCAUCAUCUCUCCAUCUUCUCGUUCUCGCUCUCUUCUCGUCGGUCUUAUCACGCGCUCUUAUCAAGGACCGUUUCCCCCUUGACCUGGUCUACGUGACUCGGGCUGCUCCCCUGAUUCCCAUCCAGCGAUCCUCACCGAUCCCGUCCCGUCGCCACGAUCCUCCCAUCCCACCUUCCACCCAUUCCAGAACCGUCGUUACAACGCCCGACCGAUCAACCACUAAAGACCCCGUCGAACCUCAACCGCUGACUUCAGCAUAACCGACCCAACCCAAUCAACACCCCUAUCUCAACCUUUUCCAGCCAACACACCCUUAUCAAAAUGUGGUCCUGGUUUGGCGGAUCCGCCGCUCAGAAGCGGAAAGAUGCGCCGAAGAACGCGAUCCUCAUGCUCCGCGAGCAGCUGGACAUGCUCCAGAAACGCGAGAAGCAUCUGGAGAACCUAAUGGAGGAGCAGGAUACAAUUGCUCGGAAGAACGUGGCGACGAAUAAGGCCGCGGCCAAAAACGCCCUUCGCCGGAAGAAGGUCCACGAGAAGAACCUUGAACAGACAACGGCGCAGAUUGUUCAGCUUGAACAACAGAUUUACUCGAUCGAGGCGGCGAAUAUCAACCAGGAGACGCUGAAGGCGAUGGAGGCUGCUGGUGCGGCUAUGGCGAAGAUUCACGGCUCGAUGACUAUUGACAAGGUGGAUGAGACGAUGGACACACUUCGCGAGCAGCAUCAACUCAGUACCGAAAUCGCACAGGCCAUCACAAGCACCUCCCUGGUGGAACAACCAGACGAAUCCGAGCUGGACGAAGAGCUGGAGGGUCUGGAACAGGAGGCCAUGGACGAGCGGAUGCUCAACACAGGCACCGUGCCAGUUGCCGACCAGCUCAACCGCUUACCUCCUGCGGCGAACGGAGAAAUCAAAGCGAAACCCCAAACCGAAGAAGACGACGAAGAAGCCGAACUGGAGAAGCUACGUGCGGAGAUGGCCAUGGGAUGA